GCCGAUGUGUCGCCCGCGAGGGGCCGGGGUCGGGGCCGCCGGGGCCAUGCGCGUGGGCUGGGCAGGGGGCCAGCGGGGCGCAGAGCGGAGCCGCCUCGGAGCCUGAGCCGCCCGGGGCCGGGGCCGGGGCCGGGGAGCCGCGCGGGGCCGGCCGGCCGGCCGGGGGGAGGGGAGCGAUGCGGCGCCGGCGGGCGGCAGUGGCCGCGGGUUUCUGCGCCUCCUUCCUGCUGGGCUCCGUCCUCAACGUGCUCUUCGCUCCGGGCUCGGAGCCUCCGAGGCCAGGCCAGUCCCCUGAGCCUUCGCCGGCCCCGGGCCCGGGCCGUCGCGGGGGCCGCGGGGAGCUGGCCCGGCAGAUCCGGGCGCGCUACGAGGAGGUGCAGCGCUAUUCCCGCGGGGGCCCCGGGCCCGGGGCGGGCCGGCCGGAGCGGCGGCGCCUGAUGGACCUGGCUCCGGGCGGGCCCGGCCUGCAGCGCCCCCGGCCCCCUUGGGCCCGGCCUCUGCCCGACGGCGCCCCAGGCUGGCCCCCGGCUCCUGGCCCAGGCUCCCCCGGCCCGGGCCCGCGCCUGGGCUGCGCCGCGCUUCGCAAUGUGUCCGGCGCGCAGUACGUGGGCUCAGGCUACACCAAGGCCGUGUACCGGGUCCGCCUGCCCGGCGGCGCCGCGGUGGCGCUCAAGGCGGUGGACUUCAGCGGCCACGAUCUGGGCAGCUGCGUGCGCGAGUUCGGGGUACGGAGGGGCUGCUAUCGGCUGGCAGCCCACAAGCUGCUUAAGGAGAUGGUGCUGCUGGAGCGGCUGCGGCACCCCAACGUGCUGCAGCUCUAUGGCUACUGCUACCAGGACAGCGAGGACAUCCCAGACACCCUGACCACCAUCACGGAGCUGGGCGCCCCUGUAGAAAUGAUCCAGCUGCUGCAAACUUCCUGGGAGGAUCGAUUCCGAAUCUGCCUGAGCCUGGGCCGCCUCCUCCACCACCUGGCCCACUCCCCACUGGGCUCCGUCACUCUGCUGGACUUCCGCCCGCGGCAGUUUGUGCUGGUGGAUGGGGAGCUCAAGGUGACGGACCUGGAUGACGCACGUGUGGAGGAGACGCCGUGUGCAGGCAGUGCUGACUGCAUACUCGAAUUUCCGGCCAGGAACUUCACCCUGCCCUGCUCAGCCCACGGCUGGUGCGAGGGCAUGAACGAGAAGCGGAACCUCUAUAAUGCCUACAGGUUUUUCUUCACAUACCUCCUGCCUCACAGUGCCCCGCCUUCACUGCGUCCUCUGCUGGACAGCAUUGUCAACGCCACAGGAGAGCUCGCCUGGGGGGUGGACGAGACCCUGGCCCAGCUGGAGAAGGUGCUGCACCUGUAUCGGAGCGGGCAGUAUCUGCAGAACUCCACGGCAAGCAGCAGUACUGGCCACUCUAGGGGCUCACACAGAAUCGUGGAGGGGCUGACAUGGAGUAAUCUGAGGUUCCAUCUCUAGCUGAGCUAGAGCAACUAUAAUUCUGCCUUCAACCUGGGGGUGGACACUGACACCCUACUCUGGAUGGCUCCAAACCCUAUCACGUACUGGCUAUGUGACUUUGAGCAAGUUACCCCUUGAACCUCACUUUCCUCAUCUGUGAAUUGGGUUCACCAUUACCCACCUCACCAAAUUCUUAUGGGAAUUAAAUGUCAGGUGAAAUGUGUGAAAGCAAUUAGUGCAGUUCCUAUGACACGGCUGGAACACAGUAUAUGUUUGCUUCCCUUUCCUUCCUCUAAUCUCCGGGGGCUAGAAGGACACUGGAUGUUAGGGGAGGCACACACGGAAACCAGCCAGGAAGCUCCAAGGGCAGGGGGAGAAUUCUGGCCACUGGUUUCAGGCUGUGGUCCUUCUGCUGAAGCCCUGGGGUUUAGCUGGGGUUGGCAGGGGUUGAGGGGUGAGCAGCCUCCAUAUUCAAGGAGCUCUGGCUAGUCUUAGGGGUGGGGGAGCCCUGUUAGCCCUGUAAAUAAAGUUUAACGAGGUGAACAAUGGCUGGCUCUGUCCCUGAGGAUGCCGUUUAUGGGGCUGUAAAUCACAGUCAGCCCUGGACUUUGGUCUAGUCCCUGGUAGAAGGAGGCAGGAGGGCGGGGUGGCCAGAGGCCCAGGGCUUCUGCAUUAUCAGCCCAGAGCUGGGGCUCUCCAGGCAGUGGGAAAGACAGGAGCAAACAAGAGGCCAGCAGCCGAGCAGCUCACUGGAUUGUGAGUUUUCAGAGCUUCUGAGGCUCUCUCUGUAGAAUGAGAUCUCAGAUUUUUCCCUCCAGCCCCGUCCACACUCUAGCCAUGGAUUUUUUGCAUUUUAGUCCAUUUACAUGCCUCUUAACUUCAAAAACCCCUGACUCCCUUCCAUCCCAGGCCCUUCUGAGGAACUUGCCUAACUUCUCUCCCCAAGGCCAGGAGAAAAUGUGAAUGAAGGUUGCUCUGAACCCUCGCAGGCCACACUGGAUGCUGGUUAGAAGUGCAGAUUCUCAGUUCCACCCCAGACCUACAGAAUCAAAAUCUCCAUUUGAUGGGGCAUGGUGGCUCACACCUGUAAUCCCAGCACUUCGGGAAGCUGAGAUGGGAGGAUCCCUUGAGCCCAGGAUUUCAAGGCUGCAGUGAGCUAUGAUUGUGUCACUGCACUCUAGUCUGGGCAACAGAGUGAGACCCCAUCAAAAAAAAAAAAAAGAAUCUGCAUUUUAACAAGAGUCCUUGGUGGGAUUCACGUGCACACUGAAGUUUGAGAAGCCUUGGCUCUGUCUAAAAUGUCCUGACCUCAGCAAUUUGCCUAGACAGCUGGGACUCCAUGGGUCCCUGUAUAUGUCUGUCCCCCUUGCAUGUGCCUGCUAUCUUGUACUGCCUGACCCAGCUGUGUGCCCUUAGAUUUGGGAGAUAUGUAUCUCCUGAAAACCAAGUCUGUGCUUUGUCUUUUUUGAUGAAUCAGCCCAGUUUCAACAGUGGUAGCUGCCUUCAUCUCCAUGCUAGAGGGUUGGGCUGGACUUUAGCUUUGACCUAGGUGAUGAGUCUUGCUGCCCUUUUCAGAAAGUGACACAUCCCUGGGCACUCAAACCUGGGCAUACAGAGUUCUCAUUUUACUCCAUCCCCAACCCACAGAGUACCAGCGCAUGCCAGACAGCACCAUCCCCCAGGAGGACUACCGCUGCUGGCCAUCCUACCACCAUGGGGGCUGCCUCCUUUCAGUGUUCAA